AUGGCUGCUGCAACAACAAAUAAACAGGUUAGAAGUGCUCACAUACACGACGACAUUGCAGUCUUUAUUCUCUCCAAAUUGCCUCUUAAAUCCCUCGCACGAUUUACUUGCGUUCAAAAAUCAUGGUCUCUUUUAUUCGAAAACCCUUUUUUUGUGAACAUGUUCCACAAUAAUUUCUUAUCCAAAGAUGAUGAGGACGACGACAAUGAAACACGUCUCCUCCUAAAGAAAAGGACAAAUGGGUAUCCCUUUCAUUACUCGCUGUGUAUUUUUUCCGGUGAGAGGCUCGAGGAUAGGGUUAUAUUAGAUUGGCCAACUCCUUUUCAAGAUGAUGUCUAUCCUAUUGAAAUUUUGGGCUCGACUAGUGUUAAUGGCACUCUUUGUCUCUACCAAGACAUUAACGAUGAGAUAACAAUUGUAUUGUGGAACCCUUCAACGGGGGAAUUUAAGGUCAUUCCUCCUAGUGUUCAGCCCUACGACAACAUUGAGCUUAAUUUUCAUCCUCAUGGAUUUGGUUACAUCCGUGAUAGAGAUGACUAUAAAGUGAUUCGGAGGUCUAAGUAUCCUGUAGGCUUUGAAGGUAAUUGGGUUUGUGUGCCUGAAAAGGAGAACCCUUUAUGGGAGAUGGACUAUCUUGCCUCUUUUUGGGAGAGUGAUGUAAUAGAGAUGUAUGACCCUUUUUGGGAGAUAUACAGCCUUAGAAGUAACUCUUGGAGGAAACUUGAUGGUGUUGAUCAUAUGCCCGUUCCUUGGAAAGAUAGUUCUCGAGUGAACUUGAAUGAAUGGUGUCAUUGGUUGGACAAAAAAUAUAUGGUGUCAUUUGACUUUAGCAAUGAGAUGUUCUCUGUAACAAAUUUACCCCCUUACUCAUCAAACAUAAUGGAAGAAUUGUUGAACAGACACUUGGGGGUGUUAAAUCAGUGUGUUGCUUUAGUCUAUACUGUCGCUAACACCGCUUCUUUUCAUGUAUGGAUUUUGAAUGAACUCGGUGUCGAGGAAUCGUGGGCUAAACUCUUUGUUGUUAAACCUUCAACUCGCAUUAUUUGUGCUAUUGGGAUUGGAAUAAAGAGUGGUAUAUUGUACAUAAAAAGAAAUAUGGAGCUAGCCCUGAUUGAUUUAAGUACCCAAACUAGUGAAGACAUUGGAGUUGAGGCAGAGUUGGCUUGCCAGAAGAUUGUAAUGUAUAAGGAAAACCUUCUUCCUUUUCCUUUUGGAGAAACGAAUAAUUAA